AUGACCGAGACCACCAAGACCCACGUUAUCCUGCUGGCCUGCGGCAGCUUCAACCCCAUCACCAAGGGGCACAUCCAGAUGUUCGAGCGAGCCCGGGAUUACCUGCACAAGACCGGACGCUUCAUCGUCAUCGGCGGCAUCGUCUCGCCCGUGCACGACUCCUAUGGGAAAACGGGGCUGGUGUCCAGCCGGCACCGCCUGACCAUGUGCCAGCUGGCCGUGCAGUCCUCCGACUGGAUCAGGGUGGACCCCUGGGAGUGCUACCAGGACACCUGGCAGACCACCUGCAGUGUGCUGGAGCACCACCGUGACCUGAUGAAGAGAGUGACUGGCUGCAUCCUCUCCAAUGUCAACACCCCCUCCAUCACCCCUGUGAUCGGCCAGCCCCAGAACGAGUCCUCGCAGAGCAUCUACCAGAACAACAACAGUGUCUCCAGCAAGCCCACCGCGGCAAAGAUCUUGGGGAAGGUGGGAGAAAGCCUGAGCCGGAUUUGCUGUGUCCGCCCGCCCAUGGAGCGCUUCACCUUUGUGGAUGAAAACGCCAACCUGGGGACAGUGAUGAGAUACGAGGAGAUUGAGCUUCGCAUCUUGCUGCUCUGUGGCAGUGACCUGCUGGAGUCCUUCUGCAUCCCUGGCCUCUGGAAUGAGGCAGAUAUGGAGGUGAUUGUCGGGGAGUUUGGGAUCGUGGUGGUGCCCCGGGAUGGAGCAGACCCCGAGCGGAUCAUGAACCACUCCUCCAUCCUCCGCAAGUACAAAAACAACAUCCUGGUGGUGAAGGACGACUCAAACCACCCCAUGUCAGUUGUCAGCUCCACCAAAAGCAGACUGGCCCUGCAGCAUGGGGAUGGACACGUUGUGGAUUACCUCUGCCAGCCUGUCAUUGACUACAUCCUCAAGAGCCAGCUCUACAUCAAUGCCUCUGGCUAAGAGCCCGAGACCUUGCAGCGAGACAGCCCCCGUGUCCCGCCUGCCUGCAGCUCUGCAUCUCUCCUCUCUCUCUCUCU